CAGGUGAUCGAUACCCGACCAAUGCGAGGCGCGGAAGGGUGAAGGUGACGCUGUGAUUGGUCAAGAGGAUCCUGCGCCCUGGCCGACUUUCGCGCCUGUGUGUCGUGAUUGGCUGGCUGGAUGGGAGGUGCAAAAACAGGGCCGGGUGUGGUGUUGGAGUGAGGAGACAGAUGGAGGAGGAAGUACAGGCGGUCGUACCCUCUUGCUCUCUACAUACGUAUCCAUCAGGAAAGUGAGACAUAGAAACAGACACACAGACACACGGACAUGGCCUGUAUCCUCCGCCAGCACAGCCACUUACCUAAUUAAUCACAUUACCUGCUGAUUACCUCCAAAGUGACGGGAAGCGAGUGAAAAAGUGUACCAGAGAGAGAUCAAAGGAAUGGUGAGUGAGUGACAGGAAUACUAGUGUUUUUUUUUUCCCCGUUGAAGAAGAAAAUAAAAAGAAAGAAGGUGCGAUAAAUGAAGAAUUAGUGACAGUGAAAUAACUGGUGAAACGUUACUGACGGAAGACGAGGAGGAGGGGGAGGAGGAGGAGGAGGAGGAGGAGAUAGGGCUAUACAAGAAGAACAAAAAGAAGGAAAAAAAAAGAAAAGAAAAGAAAAAGAGACAAAGAGAUUUUCCCUCCUCUCUUUUUCUUUCUCUCUCUCUUUACGGUGGAAGGACUGAAGAACACGAAAACGAAAAUAAAGAAGGAAAGAAAAGGAGAAACAGAGAGAUAUUUUCCUCUCUCCUACUUUACUGUGGAAUCUUAGACGUCAGGUAUAGUAUGAUGAUGGCGAGUAGUGCCUCGUUUCCGUAUCCCGCCGUGCUGGGUGUCCAGAAUAUCAUGGGCACAGAUGCACGCCCCGCCCCGCCUCUCACUCACUCCCGCCGCUCCGUGCAUGACCCGCCACACCCCUACUACCCCCGGGACUCCCACCACCCGCCGCCCAGGGACGACCACACUACCGCCCGCGACUCCACGCACGGCCUGCUGCGUCACGACUUGCUGGGGCUGAGUCGUGGUGGGGGCUCCUCUCGGGGUCUCGGCCAAGAUCACGCCGGGCCUGGCGCCGUUGCCACCACGGCAGCGGCACCAGCGAGCCGCGAAGAAGUGGCAUUUCCGAGGGAGGUGGGCGGCCUGCACGCCCUCGAAGUGUCGCGGUCAGGCAACAUUGAGAAUCAGGAUCCUGCGUCACCACAGGUGAAGGAGGAGCGGGAGGGGCGGGAAGACGCGAGCGAUGGUUCCGGCACAGAAGAGGACAGCGGGGCACCCGGCCGCCCGCCGCCCACGAUGGGCUCCUCCGGCAGGAAGGUGCGCCAGCAGAAACACAUCAGGCUUUCUAUUAAUGCGCGGGAACGACGACGGAUGCACGACCUGAACGAUGCACUGGACGACCUGCGAGCCGUUAUCCCGUACGCUCACUCACCUUCAGUCCGGAAGUUGAGCAAGAUCGCAACGCUGUUGCUCGCCAAGAAUUACAUCAUGAUGCAGAACAAUGCCAUUGAAGAGCUGCGCCGCGCCGUCACCUAUCUCAAUCAGCCAGGUGCACAUCUGCCCCAUUUACCGCCCGCCCUCGCUUUCGACACUGGUGCUGCCGCAACUGCCGCAGCCGCGCUUCCCGCUGACCAGACUGCCUUUCCAAGACUGUCUGCCCCACAGCAGUCGGCAGCAGCGGCAGCGGCAGCGGCAGCAGCCAAUACCCAGAGGUCCGCCAAGCUGCAGGAAGCGCCCUUUCCUUGACCACUCGUCAGCCUAUAAGACUCCGUCUUAACGGGAGCAUAGCAGCGGCGGCGGCGGCGACGGCGGCAGGGCGCUCCCAAUCUUCAGUCAGGUCGUGCACCCGCCGCCCUUCUCGCAUGUUGACAGGCAGUGCUGAACACACACACACACACACACACACACACACACACACACACACACACACACACACACGAUACUAAGCGGACAUGUUUAUGAAAGCGUCUGCAAUGCACAAGCUGACUUGGAAGACCAUCGUUCACUUAAAGAGAAUUUCUGCUUUGCCUGACGAAGACGUGAUAACAGAGUCUUCAAAUGUGCCGAAGAGAGUACAGUGAACCUUGCCCUACCUGAUGUAUUUGUGUUUGCGUGACAGGUGAUAAGUGGAUGCUUUUUGUGAACUAAUAAACAUAUUAAACAUGCCAUAAGUUCUUACACGUGUGAAGCAACAGGACAACUAUAUGUAGAUAGCAGGAGAACAUGAACGAAAUAUACGUACAAGUGAAUGACAAGGAGGAAAAAAAAAAAAAAGUGACGAGAGAGAUGCAAUGAAUAAAAUAAUUAAAAAAUAAAGAAUAAAUUGCAGUGAACAGUGAAAAGAUGAAUGGUGAUAAAAAUCUGAAUGAAAACAAAAGGGCAAAUGAAAGGUACAUGGCAGAUGAUAAAUAAAUAAAAAAAAAAAUCACAAAAAUUAAGAAAAAUAAGUGAGAAACGAUACAUGAAGCAUAAAAUUAGUGAGUGUGCAAAGAAAAGAAGUGAUGGAGAAAAAUAAAGGAAGACAUUGACGAAGCCACUUAGGCUAAUUAAUUUAGUGUUAAUAUGAAUACAUAACAAAAAAAAAAAAAAUACGAUAAAAUGAAAAGAAAUGCAGAAAAAAAGCAUGAAAAAAUUAAAAGAAAAAGGAGGAAAUUGCUCGUAAAAAACAAACCAAAAGGAAAUAACUGACAACAACAACAACAACAACAACAACAACAACAACAACAACAACAACAACAACAACAAUAAUAAUAAUAAUAAUAAUAAUAAUAAUAAUAAUAAUAAUAAUAAUAAUAACAACAACAACAACAACAACAACAAUAAUAAUAAUAAUAAUAAUAAUAAUAAUAAUAAUAAUAAUAAUAAUAAUAAUAACUGCAAGUAUGGAAGUGGAAUAUCUACUUGAAAAUCAAACGAUAAUUGAUUUUUAAUGCUUCAUCUUAGUCUCGACCAGGAUUUAGUUACUUCGAAUCAGCAACACUUGAAUCUAAUGUGUGUGUGUGUGUGUGUGUGUGUGUGUGUGUGUGUUAGGCAAUAAACAAGCACAUAUGUAUAUCAUCUAGAUUUAUGCUUAAAAUAAAUAUAAGAACAUUACAAUAAAGUAAUUAUAAUAUUGUAAAACUAGUCAUAUAUGUAUGUAUGCAUUUAUUUAUUAUGUAUAUAUGUUUUUAUGUGCUAUGUGUGUAUGUACUACGUAUUCCCUUCAUGUAAGAUCCUACUGGAAGCAUGUGUGUGUGUGUGUGUGUGUGUGUGUGUGUGUGUGUGUGUGUGUGUGUGUGUGUGUGUGUGUGUGCAUAUAUUCGCCGUGUCAUCUGUGUACGUAAUAAUGAUUCACAUAUGUACGUUUUCUGUCAAUAAAGUCAUCGCUGUGCA